UCGGUGGUCGUCCGACGAGCUUUGUUACUCCGCGCAUGACCAACGACGCGGUAUACGGACACGGCAUCGGCUUCUGUAGCAAGUCUCGAUGUGGAGUACGGUUUUGGUCGCCGUGGUGGCGGCAGUGCAACUAUCCAUAUACGUCUAGGUAUACAUUAUCCCAGCUCUCUUUUUCCCGGAUUCUUACUGGUCAAGUCAUUUUCACGUCGUAGCUGUCAUCAUGGCUCCUGCACUCAUCGAACCAGAGACCGAUCUGCCUUCUUCAACAUCGUCAAAUGGAGCGAAUAAGGCUACUGUUUACCUGCUCGAUACGUUACAUCCGCAAGCAAUGGAAAGCGCCCAGUCCUUGUUCAACGCGAUAACUCCUUCAGAUCCUAGGCACUCAGACUGGAAGGAGAAAGCCGAGUACCUAGUCAUUCGAGGGUCAUACCUUACAGCAGAAGACAUCGCGGCUUGCAAGAACCUCAAGGCUAUCGGCAAACAGGGCGUUGGCAUCGAUAAGAUUGAUGGCGAGGCCUGCAGAGCACGCGGUAUCAAAAUCUUUAAUACGCCUGGAGUCAAUGCACAAGCCGUAGCAGAGACGGUGCUUUCGCUCACAAUGUCUGUUGCUCGCGAGGUCAGCCGUAUAAUAGCGCUGCAGAGUGCCGGGUUUAGCGUGCCGAAAGAGACCUGCUCGGGUUUGAUCAUCAACAAGAAGAUGAUCGGGAUCAUUGGUAUGGGUAACAUCGGCCGAAAGGUCGCGCAAAUCUUCCAAGGCGGAUUAGGGUGUCGAAUCAUAGCAUACGACCCACUGUUGCCAAAGGAUGCUUGGGAAGACAUCGCGCACACCCGAGCAGAGACCUUGGAAGAAGUCCUUCGAGCCUCGGAUAUUGUAACACUACACAUUCCUCUGAUACCACAAACCCGGGGUCUCAUAUCGUAUCAACAGUUCAAGAUAAUGAAACCCACUUCGAUUUUGAUCAACACGGCCAGAGGCGGUAUUGUGCACGAAGCCGAUCUCGAACGCGCCUUGAGGGAAGGGCUGAUCUGGGGUGCUGGUCUCGACUGCCACGAGCAUGAGCCUCCGACCAAAGAGAUCUACGGUAGUCUUUGGGACACAGGACGGGUCGUGAGCACUCCGCAUGUGGGUGCUGCAACGGCUGAGACGCAAAUGGAGACUGCAAUGGCAGCAGUGGAUCGAUUGCAUGACUAUAUCCAGACUGUGCGAGUGCUCUAGCUAUGGUGCUGCUCUCCCAAGCGUCUCC